GGAGGUGCUCCUUCCGGAUGGUGUGCUUUUGGAGCCCCCAGCUCAAGUGGUGAUGGUGCUUAGAAGAGCAUGUGGUAGAGUUUCUCAUCCAACAAAUGAAACACAUCACAGAACUUUGCUAAGAUGGACAACUCGACGGACAAAGACGAGCACCCUGGCAAAAACUAUCCCAGCAGGGCCAACAAAGUGCACAAAGGUUUUACUGCCGCAUAUCCAACACAAGCCUCCGUUCCUUUUAAAAACCAGAUUUCAGCAAUUCCAGAAUCAGAAAAAAAGGGAUUCAAUAGUCAAGCCCAAAGGUUUUAUUACAAAAAGGAUAACAUCCCGGGUCCUGGGUUCUACGAUGUCAUUCACCAGUCUCCAGUGUUCAACAGUGUCUCACUGUCCAAGAAAGGGACAUGCACUUUUCCCUCGAUGCGUGCCCGCUUGGACACCACCGUUUCUAAAUACCCAGCAGCUAACGCCUACACCAUCCCUUCACGUUUUGUUUCGAAGAAAGACUUCAGCAAUUCCUGGUCCAGCAUGUUUCAGUUGCCAAGCUUUGUGAAAGUCCUCAAAUCUGAAACGCCCGCACCAAACCAUUACAAUGCCUCUGUCUCUUGCUGCAAGCAGAGAAACAAUGUCUGUGCCCGAGCCGGGUUUAUGUCCAAAACCCAGAGAGGAUUUCUCACUAUCGCUGACACAGGACCUGCCCCAGGGCAUUAUAAUAUCAACGAAUCCCUUGUGAAGCAGUCACCAAAGGCUUUAACGUCUUGUUUUAAAUCAAAAACGAGACGUGAAUUAAAACUGACAUCAACUGGCCCGGGACCUGGUUAUUACAACCCCAGUGAUCACAUCAAAAGUCUGAAGAAGACUCUUUUCCCGAGAAACCCCAUCCUGAACUUCUCCGCCCAGCCUCUGUCCUUGCCCCCGAAGCCGCCGCUCCCAGGCCCCGGUCAGUACGAGAUCGUGGACUACGCGGGGCCUCCCAGACACUUCAUCUCCAGCGCGUCGUUCGUGUCCAGCACCCGCCGGUGGACAGCAGCCCCGUCCGAGCCAGACCUGCCUGGCCCAGCCACGUACAAUCCAGAACUCCCUGGGAAGCAGUCCUUUCUCUAUAACGGGGACAACAAAUGGGUCCCAGUGCUGUAGGGACCCCACGCAAGGUCAGGAAGAGCGCUGGCCGCCAGCCGCCCGGCCCAGGCUCCCCAGGACGUUCAUUCAGAGAAUGCCCAUCGCGUGCGUGACAGCGACCCAGGGGGCACCUCUGCCCCCACCCCCUCCGCGGCUGGCGUUUGUCCUUGCCUUGAGCUGCCUUCCAGAGAUCGGACGCCCACCUCCACUGCCUCCGGUAGUGGAAAUGCGGGUGGACAGAGCCUCCCUUGGUUACUGGCCACGUGCCUGGCCGUGCUGGCUUCUGCGGGCCUGCCCGCCAACGUGAGGGUCUCCUGAAGCUCCAACUCGAGGGAGAAGGCGGCCGUGGGCAGACUCCCCUUCCAGAAGCCUGAAGCUGGGCCGGGGCUCGAGGUCCAGAGGUGCACCUGCAGGGCGGACUGCACAGGACGGCAGCCCAGGCACACUCCCACCCUUCGCCCUUGACUUUCGGGAGCCAGAAGGCCCAAAGGUGCCUGUGUUGUGAAAGACUCGUGGCAGUUGCCUGGGCCCGGGCCCCCCCGCUAAGCCUACAUAUCUCACCUUCAGGAAGAGCAUGGCAUCAGUCACUGUGGUCACUUGGGCUCCGUACCCACCUUCAGGAGAGGCCGCCACAUCCACUUAGUGGCCCAGUAUUUGACAGUGGUGUGGGCGGGUGGCUGCUGGGCCAGAGCCCUGGGAACAGCUUUCUGAGG